UCCUCUUCCCAUUCCCUAAAACCAUCCUCCUCCUCUCCCUUCCAUCUUCCCCCAUAACACUCCAAAAUGCUGACCAACAUGAUAACGAACCACAUCUAGCAAUACCACAACCAUGACACCACCAAGGCCAUGGUGGCGUCGUGCCGUCGCAACUCUCAAGGACCACCGCAGCCUGUGUGCUACGAAAAUGACCGUGCCAUGGCGCCACUCCGGCGGCGACAGCAACCUUGAGGCUGCUGUCAUCCGGGCGACGAGCCACGACGAGCGGUCCGCAAACCAGAAGCAAGCAGGCCGGCUCUUUGCAUGGGCCCACAGCUCCCCGACCAGCUUUGACCUCAUCAUGCAGGCCAUCACCCGCCGGGUGUCACGAACGCGCAGCUGGCCGGUCGCCCUCAAGGCCCUCAUGCUCGCUCAUGGCCUCCUCCUGUGCUGCUCUGCCUCUGCCGCCACCAGCAGCCGCCUUGGUCUCCCAUUCGACCUCUCAGGCUUCUGCGACCGCUCCGCCAAGCCUCCCAAGGCCGAGCGGUUCUCUGCCUUCAUCCGGGCCUACUUUUACUUCCUCAAUUACCGGUAUACCUUGCCGGAGGAGCAACAACAAGGAGGAUCGGAUUGUUAUAGUUUAGAGAGGUUGGAGACCAUGCAAAGGCUUUUGGACCUCAUGAUGCAGAUCAAACCGACACCGGAGAUCAAGAUGGAACUGGUUUUGGAAGCCAUGGACUGCGUGCUGGUCGAAAUCUUCGAGGUCUACAGCAGCAUUUGCAGUGGAAUUGCUAGUUUCCUUGUGGGAAUUGUUGGGCUUUCUUCGCGAAGGAGAGGGGGAGAGCAGGAAAGGAGGAGAGCCUUGCAAGGGAUAAGAGUGCUGAGGAAGGCAGGGGAGCAGUGCUCCCAGCUCUCUGCCUACUUUGAGAUGUGCAGGGAGCUGGGAAUUUUGAAUACUGCCGAGUUCCCGCCAGUGGAGAGGAUUCAAGAAGAGGACAUCAAGGAGUUGGAGAAGAUGGUAAUGGGCAGCAUUCCAAAAGGUGACUUGGAGGCUUUGGGUGGGAGAAGAGAUGGAGGGGUCAGAGAAGAAGAGAAGAGGUGUUUGACUGGGCGUUCAAAGACAAUAGUUACAGAGAAAUGGGAGGUGUUUGAGGAUGACAGGGGGGUGGAGGAGGAGUAUCAUGGGAACCCUUUUGUGGGCUCCUCAUGGGAGGUGGUGCCAUUAGUGAGCAAGAACUCAAUAGAGGGGUUAUGAGAGAGUACAACUGCUGCCUCUCCAUGUAUGCAAUUCCAGCUUUAGCUCAGCACCUGCCUGCCUCCUGAGGUGGAGGUUACGUGCUUGUUUCCCCAUGAGGCGGCUUCAGAGAAACUUGAAAAGACCAUGUUGACGUGGGUGGAAGCAUGAUGAGAGCAUGAUCGACCAAAUGUCAAUAGGGAUGCAGCCAGCCACAAUUUUUGGUUGAUCCAUGCCCACUGGGGCUCGCCCGCACCACACCCACGGCGAUAGGUGGGAUAUGGAAACUGGUUGAACUAUGUCGCAAUGAGCCCGAGAGGGUCCAUAUGUAAACAGAAAAGGAUUAAAAAUAAAGGAACAGUUAUAAAUAGCUUCCCUGAGGC